AGACGCCUGAAUUUAGAAUGUUCCGUGUUGAAUAUUUGCGUUGAAAUAGAUAAACCACUGUGUGUUAAUGAAAACUUUUGUGAAAUAUCAUUUUUAAAUAAAUAUUUGGUUUGUUAUUCAGUGUGUAAUAGUGAUUGUUUUGGGUGACGAACAAAAGAAUAAGUAGUGCGACGAAAGUUGAAACAUGGUGCCGCUAGGACCGGGGCCCGGCCAUCCUGCUGCACAUCAAACACACGGUGGGCCUGCAGCAAAUCUCUCAGGACCAAAUUCAUUAUCACAAAGUGCCCCACAAUCGAAUAAGUCUUCAGUGGCGAAGCCGAACUACACAUUAAAAUUCACGCUUGCUGGUCACACAAAGGCUGUAUCAUCAGUAAAGUUCAGUCCAAAUGGAGAAUGGCUGGCCAGUUCCUCUGCUGAUAAACUCAUCAAAGUGUGGGGAGCAUAUGAUGGAAAAUUUGAGAAAACAAUAUCUGGACACAAAAUGGGCAUCAGUGAUGUGGCUUGGUCAUCGGACAGUCGAUUAAUAGUUAGUGCUAGUGACGACAAAACUUUAAAGGUUUGGGAAUUAAGUUCAGGCAAAUGUUUAAAAACACUAAAAGGACAUAGCAAUUAUGUGUUCUGUUGUAAUUUUAAUCCACAAAGUAACCUUAUUGUGUCUGGAAGUUUUGACGAAAGUGUUCGGAUAUGGGAUGUCAGGACAGGUAAAUGUUUAAAGACACUUCCCGCACACUCAGAUCCUGUAUCAGCAGUACACUUUAACAGAGAUGGAAGUCUUAUUGUAUCUUCAAGUUAUGAUGGUCUAUGUCGAAUUUGGGACACAGCAUCCGGUCAAUGUUUGAAAACACUUAUCGAUGAUGACAAUCCUCCAGUUUCGUUUGUAAAAUUCUCCCCAAACGGCAAAUAUAUAUUAGCAGCUACAUUGGACAAUACAUUGAAACUGUGGGAUUAUAGCCGCGGAAAAUGUUUAAAAACAUACACAGGACAUAAGAAUGAAAAGUAUUGUAUUUUUGCAAACUUUAGUGUUACUGGAGGGAAGUGGAUAGUGUCUGGAUCAGAGGACAACUUAGUAUAUAUCUGGAACCUGCAAUCUAAAGAGAUAGUGCAACGGUUGUCUGGUCACACGGACACAGUAUUGUGCACCGCCUGUCAUCCCACCGAGAACAUCAUCGCGUCAGCUGCACUUGAAAACGACAAGACUAUCAAGCUAUGGAAAAGUGAUACUUAGAAACGUGCCGGUGAGUAUUUGAUUACAGUGUGGCUUAUUGAUAUACUUGCGCAGAAUUAAGCAGGAGCGACCGGCUUGUGAAUACUUAGGGUACACAAUCUGUACUAAGAAUAAUGGACGCUUGAUCCGGUGCAUAUGUUUAUGUCUCUAUUAUUUAGUUCACAGUGAAAUGUGUGCAUUUUCGGUUGUUAUAAGAUAUACAUAUUUUUCUAUCUGACAUGCAAAUGAAGGGUAUGAAAUGAUUUAGCCAUUAUGUUAUUUUUAGUUAAGAUGAGGAUAAGAAUUCAGCUUAAGAAUAACUUGUUGGAUGCAAUUAAAAUUUAGUAGUUAUAUUAUUGUGUUUUAUUGUACCUUAUAUGUUGUAUUACCUGUAUAUUUGCAUUGAUUUGCACUGCG